CCUGCCCUGACUCUCUCCAGGCCGGCUCAGAGAGGCAGAACAGCCCACCUGGGAUUCACUGUGGGGCCCAGAUAUGCUCCUUUAGCUGCCUGAACUGGAGCCUGGGACUAGGCAUGGAGCUGCUGCUUCUUCCACCCAUCAGUCCCUGCGUCUCAGCCCAGCUAGGCCUCACCCUCUCUUAUCACAGACUCUCAGUGGCCAGUUUUAGUCCUCUAGUACAUUCUACACCUAGCCUCCGAGCUGACCCUGCCCCUCCCCUGCUCCUAGUCCUCUGGCUCCCCAGCCUUUCUUUGAGGAGUGUCCCCUUGGCCUGAUACCCAAGGCGCUGCCUGCUCUGGUCCCUGCCUGCCUCUGCAGCUUCAUCUCUCUGUUCUCCUCAAGCCAGAAUCUCCGCAGCCCCUGAAGGGGCUCCCCUAUGGUGAUACCUUUGGAACUUUGCAUGUCCUUUCCACCUAACAUGGCUCCUGCCUCUUGGCAGCCUUCAUGUCCUGCCUCAAAUUUCAAGCAUCACUUCUCCAUAUCUCCUUCUUUCCCUCCUCUGGCCCCGAAAUCUGGCCCCAAGCUCUGCUGUCAGGACCUUCCACCCAGCCUUCUCCUCAGCCUCCUCACCUCCAGUCUCUCUUCCAACAGUGCCCUCUUCCAACAUGUGACCCCAGAGAGAUCUCUUUAUAUCCAAGGAUGGUCCCGCCUCCCUCCCCCAGCUCCCCAGCAUCCUCAGAUUGAUUGUUAUAGGAUUCCUUUGUCUCCUCUGUCAUUCAAAAAUAGGGGUUAAUCUACUCUUUCAUGCCAAGGCCAUGAUGGGGGCCCAAAGCAGCCCUGCCUUAAGAGAGGUACAAGGAAAACAGGCCCACAGAAACCCAAAACUCAUUUCCUCCCCCCUGCCCUGCCUGCCAUGGGCCCAGACAGGGAACAAAGGUUGGCCCCAGAUUCCCGACUGAACCCCCAUCGUAGCCUCCUGGGCACUGGCAACUAUGACGUCAAUGUGAUUAUGGCCGCCCUGCAGGGGCUGGGCCUGGCUGCCGUGUGGUGGGACAGGAGGAGGCCCCUGUCCCAGCUGGCCCUGCCCCAGGUACUGGGGCUCAUCCUGAACCUGCCCUCACCUGUGUCGCUGGGGCUUCUGUCCCUGCCACUGCGCCGUCGGCACUGGGUGGCUCUGCGCCAGGUGGACGGUGUCUACUACAACCUGGACUCCAAGCUGCGAGCACCCGAGGCCCUGGGGAAUGAGGAUGGUGUCAGUUUCCCCUUUCUCCCAUCCAGAGCCUUCCUGGCAGCCGCCCUGGCCCAGGGCCUGUGUGAGGUGCUGCUGGUGGUGACCAAGGAGGUGGAAGAGAAGGGUUGCUGGUUGCGGACAGACUGACCUAUGGCCUACUCUGCCUUCGCGGCUGCACCCAGCCUGAGUUCCAAGUGCCGGGGAAGGGCCUGCGCUUCAGGCACCUGGAGAAGGCCCUUCCCCUUCCCCACGUUCCCACUCCCCAAUGCCGCUGCUGCCUCAAUAAAUCUGCCAAUUUGC